AUGGGUCAUGUACUUGAAAUUAAAAAAACAUGUCCUUGGCAGGUUGAAGUUGAGCGCUUUGUGGGAGUUGUUCUUGCGGGAGAAUUCAAGCACUUUAGACAUCUUGACAUAUCCAACCGUGAAGGUCUAGCAUCAGAUGGUGAAUGGUUCAAUAGAUGCUAUAGUGCAAGUUUCAUUCCUAUAAAGCAAUUAUUGGAAGAAAGACCUAAUUUCUGCCUGGUAGUUGAGUUUCCUAUAGGUAGUUACAUUGAAGUUGAAGAAGCAACAACGACAACAAGUGACGUGAGUUUAGCUUCACAGUCAAGCAACCAUUCAUCUAAUUCUGAUGGAUUGUUGCUGAUGAGCACAUCAGAUAAUAGUUCUGAUAGUGGUAAUGAGGAUCCUCCAGAAACCAGUUUUGUGACUUACAUAGAAAGUUCAAAUGACCUUGACUUUCUCUCAGCCUGA